AUAUGUACCUUGUAUUUUUAGCGACUUUUCUGCUUCUAUUGGGAGGCGUUCUGACCCAUCCUGAAGAAGAGGAUCUAACAUCAGCUGCCACCCUAGAUGAUGUGGCGGAUUUGGGUGGUCAGGAAGCAAAAGAAGGCGGAAGACCAGCUCGUUGGCUGUCUGGAGGAUGGGGAGGAGGCUGGAACACUGGAUGGAAUGGAGGAUGGGGUGGAGGAUGGAACGGAGGCUGGAACAAAGGUUGGAGUGUCUCCUAUCGACCCUGGAGCUAUAGUAGCUACUGGUGGUAGGAGCCCAACAACAGUGGCUUCCCAAAAAUCUGUAACACCUUUUCAAUAAAGCUGCUCCCAUAUUGUUAUCAACA